GAGCCCCGGUGGUACCGAGCCCCGGUGGUACUGCCGGUGGUACCGAGUCCCGGUGGUACCGAGCCACCGGGCAUCCCCAGCGGCACCGAGCCCCGGUGGUACCGCCGGUGGUACCGAGCCCCGGUGGUACCAAGCCCCCGGGCAGCCCUGGGCGUUGUGCAGCAUGUGAGAACCCCCGGGGGUGCUGAGCUCUGAGCAGCACCGGGCACCUCCGGUGGUACCGGGCCCUGGGCACUACAGAGCCGGUGAGUGCCCCAACCGGUACCGACCCCCGGGUGCCCACGGGGGGCACUGAGCCCUGAGCGGUCCCGGUGACACCGAGCCACUGGGCAUCCCCGGGUGCCACCAGCGAGCACACCUGGGUGCUGCUUAGCCCCAGGCACUGCUGGUGGCACUGAGCUCCGGGUGGCAUCAGCUGGUGAGUGUCCCUCAGUGGCACCAAGUUCUGGGUGUUCCCACACCAGUGGGCAGCUCUGGUUGCCCCGAGGCCAGCAGGCACUGCUGGUGGCACCAACCCUUGGUGGCACCAACCCUUGGUGGCACCAACUGGUGCUGCCGAUCUGCCGGUGGUACCCACCUGUGCUGUGAAUGCCCUUGGUAGCGCUGAACUCGUGGCAUCAAGCUGGUGGGUGGCACUGCCAGGGCUGUGGGUUUCCAUGGCAAGUGUCCCCUCUGGUGGGGGCCACUCCAGCCCCACACCCCCCACCGGUGCUGCCAUCAGGCCAAGCUCUGUUUCCAUCCCUCUUCCCAACCUCCUCCAUUUUAGGUAUUUCCCAGCUUGGGGCUCCUCAGGGAGCAGGAGGCAGGGUCAGGAUCCUGAGGCCUCCCCCGUGGAGGUUCUGUGCUCUGCUGGACCGGCCAGACUGGCACACUGGGCACAGCUGUGGGCACAGGCACACCUUGCUCCAUCCUGCGGAUGGGGGAGGCGAGACCCCACCACCCAUGGGUGCCCCACUGCUGGGUCAGGCCAUGCCAGGCCCCGUCCCCACAUCCCUCGGCCCUGCCCAGGCCCGUCCCAGCCAGCGUCACCCGUGGGAUGCUCUGAGUCAGCAGGAGUGUGCUCCAUCCUGCCCUGGGGGAGCCCCUGGCCUGAGUGGGGUGUCGGGGGUACCAACCCACCCUUACCAACGCUGCCAACCCGGUGAUGAAUAUUCUGGGGCCAAGAUCUACCUGCCAGCCCCUCUUUUCCACACGUGUGCCCGUUCAUGUGUGUGUACACAUGUGUGCCUUGCACGGCUGAUCCACCCCGGCCUGGCUGCGCUUGCUGUGGGCACAACCAUGAGCUGGCAGCAUCCCCCAGGCUGGGCUCCAUCCCCUGCCCGCCCUGUGCCCGUGGUGAGGGGCUUUGUGCCCGGCCAGCGUGGCUGUCCAAACCCCCCCUGCCCAUUCAGCUCCAGCUAUGGUGGUUUUUUGGGCAAAACCCAACUCCCUGCUCUGCCAGGGCAGCAGGGCACCCCUCCCAUGCCACCCAUCCCAUGGCACCCAUCCCAUGGCACCCCUCCCAUGGGACCUCCUGCCCCACAGGUUCCUGCGGGACGACUACUCCAUCCAGGUGGCCAUCAAUGACUACCUGGACAUCUACUGCCCGCACUACGAGGGCACGGUGCCCGCCGGCCGCGCAGAGACCUUCACGCUCUUCAUGGUGGACCGGGAGGGUUAUCGUGGCUGCUACGAGACCCCCGGUGCCUUCAAGCGUUGGGAGUGCAACCGGCCCCGGGCGCCCUUCGGGCCCGUCCGAUUCUCUGAGAAAAUCCAGAGGUUCACCCCCUUCUCGCUCGGCUUCGAGUUCCAGCCUGGAGAGACCUACUACUACAUCUCCGUGCCCAGCCCCGAGAGCGCCGGACGAUGCCUGAAGCUGCGCGUCACCGUCUGCUGCCGAGGCACCACGGCAGAGCCGGUGACGGAGGUGCCAAAUUCGCAGCCCCGAGGGCGCGGGGGCCCCGACGAUGUGGCUCCUGCCCGGGGCUCCGCGCCCCCAUCGCAGCCCUACAAGCCGUGCCUGUCUCUGGUGCUCCUGGCCCUGCUCUGGAUCUGACCCCGGCGUUGCCCCUGGUGAGGGAUGGGCUCCUCUGCCCCUUUCCUCCCAGCCAACCCCCACCCCGAGCCCGUGGGGCAGCCCCAGGCCAUGACCCGCCCGCUGGACCUCCGCAAAGCCGAGCCGGGGCCGGGAGCUCCGGGCUGGAAGGGCCAUCACUCGCCGCUGGCAUCGUCACCGGGAUUGCCACGAGUCCUGGCGUUGGCAUUGCCACCAACGCCUGCUCUGCCCCACGGCCAUCACCUCAUCUCGUGCCUUUCCCCACGGACCCCCACCCCGGGGCCCAGGGACCCCCGGAACGGGGCAGCAGCUCCGAUGGCGGCAUCCGCUGCCGUGUCCUCCUCCAGCGAGGACACGCUGAUCUGUCUUCUGGGAAGACGCUUUCCUCCGUGCCCUCGGUUUGGUUUUAACCCUUGGUAGUGACUGAGCAAUACAAUAUUUGCAAGA